AUGCUCACACACACACACACACAUCUGCACGCACGCACACGCGCUCAUACACACAGCACAGCUUUCAGACCCGUCCCCUGUGCCCAGCUCCAAGCACCCAGGAGAGGCAGAGCGCUAGACCGGCUGCAGGAGGCAGUCCCCGACCUCAGCUGCCAGGGAGAGACGGAGCCUGUGGCUGGUGAGGCUGCUGAGCAGGGCCAGGCCGGGCCCUGCCCACAAGGACGCCCAAGCCCUUCACCGGCCCUUGUGCCCGGGAGCCCACCAGGCUCUCCUGCUGGCCCCACCAUGACUUCGGAGCCCACGUCACCCCCAGUUGUGCCCCCACUCCACUCCCCUAAGUCCCCAGUGUGGCCCACCUUCCCCUUCCACCGGGAGGGCAGCAGGGUCUGGGAGAGGGGCGGUGUCUCAUCUCGGGACCUGCCCAGUCCCCUGCCCACCAAACGAACCAGGACAUAUUCAGCGACAGCCCGUGCCUCGGCUGGCCCCGUGUUCAAGGGUGUCUGCAAGCAGUUCUCACGCUCACAAGGCCAUGGCUUCAUCACCCCCGAGAACGGAUCGGAGGACAUCUUUGUGCACGUAUCUGACAUCGAGGGGGAGUACGUCCCGGUGGAGGGCGACGAGGUGACCUACAAGAUGUGCCCCAUCCCGCCCAAGAACCAGAAGUUCCAGGCCGUGGAGGUGGUGCUCACCCAGCUGGCCCCACACACUCCCCACGAGACGUGGUCCGGCCAGGUUGUGGGCUCCUAGGCUGGGUGGGGAGCCCCCAGGGUGGACAGGCGGCAGCUGGCUCCAGGCCUCACUGCACUGGCUCAGUCCCCCAGGCGGCCUCAGUGUGCACGUCUGUGUGUCUGUGCUUGUGGCCGUGCGCGUGUGCCUCCAUCCAGCCCCGUGACCUGUGACUGUUGUGAGCUGGACCUAGGGGGAAGUCAUCAGAUCGUCCUUCUCUGCUUGUCCACUCUCUUCUUUCUUCCCUCCCUGCUACACUGGCACAGGACCUCUUGCCCUCCUGCCCAAGUGUCCACUGAAC